AUGAGGUCUCAACUUUUCCUUUACGCCGCCAGUGUGCUGGUCAGUACGGCUACUGCCAGCUUUGACGGUAACCUCAACUAUGACAGUCCUUCCAAGCGUCAUGAACGCCUAGGGAUUGACGUUGGUCUUGUUGAGCGUCGAUCAUGGAAGCGUGACAAUGUGGAAUAUAAGCCUUCGGAGCUGCAUUUCACUCAUGGCAUUGCCUCAGGUGAUCCUUGGUCUGAGAGUGUUAUUCUCUGGACCCGUGUUGCCCCGUCAAAUGACUCCAGCCAGAGUGAAGUGACGGUUGAUGGCACUGCUCCUCUGUAUAGCCACGAGAGGGAGAAGUAUAUCAAGGCUGAUCCUAACCCCAUCUGUCUUGAGUGGCAGGUCUUCAAGGCCGAAAAGCCUGAUAGUAAGGACCGAAAGGUUGUUGCUAGUGGCAAGGCAUAUACAACGUCUGAUAUUGACUACACUGUCAAGGUUGAGGCCAAGGGUCUGAAGCCGUUGACUUCGUACUUUUACCAGUUUAAUGUGUGCGGAUCUACCAACAAGAGUCCUGUUGGACGUACCAAGACGGCGCCUGGCAAGGAUGACGCUGUGUCUAAAUUGAGCUUUGCUGUAUUUGCGUGCGCCGACUACCGCAAUGGUCACUUCAAUGCCUAUGGAAACGCUGCUAGAAAGGAUAAGCACGACUAUGUCAUCCAUCUUGGUGACUACAUAUAUGAGCAUGCAAGGCCGGGCGGGCGUGUUAUGAAGCCCCCUCGUAUUCUUUGGACACUUGGUGACUACAGGACCCGACAUGGACAGUACCGAACCGACCCUGAUUUGCAGCUUCUUGCCCAGAACCACCCUUGGAUUACGACUUGGGAUGAUCACGAGUUUGCCAACAAUGGCUGGAAGGACGGAUUCAGUGAGCUUAACAACACUGAGGACUCGUUCCUCAAGUCUGGGUUUAAGAUUACUGUUGAAACUCGCAAGGCUCAUGCUGUUCGAUCGUACUUUGAGUGGAUGCCCAUUCGUCAAGCCGAUCUUGACGAUGGCCUGAGAGUCUGGAGAAACUUCCAGAUGGGCAAGCUGCUGGAUCUUGUCAUUCUUGACACCCGAAACUACGACCGUAGUAUCACCAACCUCAACUGGAAUAAGAACUACAUUACCAAGAUUUCCGAUGAUGCCAGCCGGUCUUUGAUGGGACCUCGUCAGGAGAGCUGGUUUUAUCGAACACUCAGCCAGUCCAAGAAGCGUGGUGCAAGGUGGCGCAUCAUUGGUAACCAGAUUAUCUUUUCACGCAUAUACCAGGAUGACAAGUUUGGGCUGGACGGCGAUUCCUGGGAUGGAUAUAUUGCAAACCGCAACAGGACUCUGGAACAUCUGUAUGACAACAAAAUUGACAACAACAUCUUCCUGGCUGGAGACACGCACCAGAACUGGGCCUCGGAUCUUGCAUGGCUAGGCACGAAGCCAUACGACAAGGCAACUGGGAAUGGAGCCAUUGGAGUUGAAUUCGCCGGCACGGCAGUCAGCUCUGGCGGACACCAGGGACCUAUCGAACCUGUUGCUGGUAACAGUGCCCGCGCUUUUCUCCGCCGUAACGAGGAACUUGGCUGGCAGGAGGGUUAUUAUCGAGGAUAUUUCCACUUGACUGUUACUCCGGAGAAGACCACGGCCCAGUACUACGGAUCUCCCACUGUCAAUUUUCGCAACGGCUGGGAUCUCCCGCUGGCCAACUUUACCGUUGCUGCUGGCGGCAACAAGAUAGAUAGACCUAUUGCAGGUGGAAGAGUUGAGAGUGGUGCGCUCAAGGGUGGUGAGGUCAAGCACACUAACUUGACGCUGAAUACGGAUACUGGAAAAUGGCAGGUUAUUGGGUUUCCGAAGAUGUACCUGGAGAGUAUGGAUAAGAAGAAAGAAGUAUGA